CCUGCUGUAUCUCUCUCUCUCUCCCUCCAGUCUGAGCAGAGAUGAUCUCACCUUGUUGAGUGCGCAGUCUCUGGAGCUGGGAGAGCCUCUCUCUCUCUCUCUCUCGCCAGCUAUAGAUCUCUUGUUUUCAGGCGCGAUGGCAGCUCCUCUCGUCACCCUGGACGAGGAAUGGCAGGAUUUUUAUGAACUGAAGCCGGACCGAGCCGGCGAGCAGGCUCGGUACGAGGCAGAGGACAGUCUGAAUGAGCUGGGCUCCCUCAGCUCCCUGGCACUGCCUCAGCCCCUGGAAGAAAUGGGCGAACUGGACAAUUUCAGCACCGACAUCAUCAGUUUCAAGUCCAUGGAGGACCUGGUGAACGAUUUCGACGAGAAACUCAACGUUUGCUUCCGAAAUUACAACGAGAAGACAGAGAAUUUGGCCCCGGUGAGAAAACAGGCGGCGGAGGAGGAAGAAUUGAUUCGAGACGACGAGAUCUGGGAUGCUCUGACUGACAACUACAUCAUGAGCACAGCUGAUGACUGGCGGACAGCACGACUACAGGAACUCAAUAUGAAUCUCUCCAACCUGGAGGUUAGUGACAAGGAGAGUAUCAGUGAGGAUGGAGAAUUAAUUGAAAAGUUGGACAUCAUCGUAUCCUGCAAUAGUGAGGAGCCUCUCUUCACCGCUGAACAGGUCAUUGAGGAGAUUGAAGAGAUGAUGCAGAAUUCCCCUGACCCUGAGGUUGAGGAGACUCCGUCACAGUCUGACAAACUCUCAGUCCUCUCGCAGGAUGUCCAGGUGUUCAAACCAUCCAGCAGUAACAACAACGUCCGGAUGGGAGACGUGAAGCAGCUGACUGAGGUUGAGCUUGGUGAGCUGUUGGCGCAGAUUGAAUUGGCCGUUAAAGAUUACUCAGAGGAGCUGAUCCAACAGCUGGCACUGCGUGAUGAGCUAGAGUUUGAGAAGGAGGUGAAAAACAGCUUCAUCUCCAUCCUCCUCGAGGUGCAGAACAAGCAGAAAGAGCACCGGGAAACAAUGAAGAAGAGAAAGAAGGAGAAAGGUGGCAUUUCAGCAAGUUUCCGGCAGGAGAGAGCAAGUCACAUGCCUGUGAAGCGUUUUAGCAUGGAAGGAAUCUCCAGUGUCAUCCAGAGUGGCAUUCGACAGACAUUUGGAAAUUCUGGCAACGAGAAGCAGUACCUAACCACAGUAAUUCCGUACGAGAAGAAGAAUACACCUCCAACAGUUGAUGACCUUCAAAUCCUGACCACAAUCCUUCUGGCCAUGAAAGAGGACAGUGAGAAGGUUCCAGUUUUACUGACAGACUACAUUUUAAAAGUUCUGUGCCCAACUUAAAUCCAGGCCCUGACACUGUGGAAAGCCAGGAUUGACUGGGCUGCCAGAUUCCCGCUUGCAGACUGCAUCUUGAGGCCAACAUAAUUUCCCGACUGCUAAACUUUGUGAAACUGUCUCCGACCUGGGCAUGACCAAAUGAAAACAAUGCAGUUCCUUAUGCUUCGGGAAAGGUUUUGUAAAUAACAUAUUUUUAAGUAUCAGCUGAUACUUGUUGGUGUCAAAUAAUCCAAUGCAGAAAUCAUCCACAAACAGUAUAGAUACUAACAGGAACAAUCUAAUUGUAGCUGUACUUAAUCCAUCAUGGUUGAUCAUUAGGCAUGUUUGGUGCUGGGGUCAUGGGAAUUAAAGCCUGUGUUGUAAUCCACUCCUAAUUUUGGGCAUUUCCAAUUAGUACCGCAGAAAUGUUAUCCAUCCUGAGUUAACUCAGCUUCCAUGAUGAAUCACGUGGAUCUUCUGUUAUGGGCUGGAGAGUCAAAAUAUAAAGCAUUCUCGCUAAAGUCACAAGGCUGCCAUAUUACUGCAAUAUGCUACACGCGUGAAGUAGGGAAUAGUGGGGGCUCUCCUGUGAGAUCAGAAGUUGUGUGUGCAUCAGAUCAGGUGCUGUUCAGAGACUGUGGGAUCUAAUGAGGCCAGCGGCAGGGGCUGACCUGGGACAGUACCAAGUGACAACCGGUAUUCCACAAUUGCUGGUUGUGGGUAUGACAGGCAUUUGGUAAGAUAUGCAGAAAUGGUCACUUGAAGUGGAAUCGUCCAUGCACACGUAUUGGAAAGUGGUUUCUGCUGUAGAUACCACAGUUAAGGGAGGGAGAUGUACCAGUCAGCUGAAAGAAAUUUGCUCUAAUUCUAAUUCAGGAGAUGGGAUUCCAAGAGGGAGGAAAUUGGUUUCUGAUUUCUAACACUCAGCAUUUCACAUUCUUCCCUAUGCCUGUUAAUUGCCAUGUUGCCUAAGCCAGAAUUAUUUUAGCAGACAUGUCCCUGUUUUAUUGUACUAUCCACAUCCUGAUUUGUAAAGAAUUGCUUGGCAUGUUAUAGAUUAUGUAAAUAUUGUUCCAGUGUAGUGUUUCUAAACUGACUUGUGCCCAAUAAAUCUAAAGAUCAGUCAUAGUUCAGUAUUACCUCAGUGGUGCUCUGAUUAUUUAUGUAUUUCCAAGAUGAAUGAGGUUUAUAUUAAGAAGGAACUGUAGCCUCUAUGACAGUUGACUUGCAGAAUAUGAGUCUUUGAAAAAUCUAACCUUGCAGCCUACAUUAUUCAUCGAUGAUCAGUUCCCUUGGGUAUGACAGGCAUUUUGUAAGAUAUGUAGAAAUGGGCACUAGAAGUAGAAUCUUCCAUGCACACGUAUUGGAAAGUGGUUUCUGCUGUAGAUGCCACAGUUAUGGGAGGGAGAUGUAUUUUCAUGGGUGCGAUAAUUUCAUGGGUGCAGUCUGUCGAAAGUCUUUUAAAAUUAAAAAUGCUGCAAUACUUAAACUUGUUUACUGGUAUAGUGGGAAUCUGAAGCUUCGUAGACUAAAAAGCCGUUAUUAAAAGCAAUUUAAAUGUUCAAAACUGGUUGAGUUUAACGUAUUGAACAAUUGUGGAAUCAAGGCAAUGGAGUUAAGAUACAGAUAAGCUGUGAACUAAUUGGCUGAUGGAACAGGAUCAAGUAAUUGUAUGGCCUACUCCUGAUCCUAUGCUCCUGGAUUUGUAGGUUAUUGAAGUUCACAAAAGACCUUGUGCUUUAUCUCUGAAGCACAUAUUUAAAUUAUGUCAGAUUAUUAGGAAAGCACUCUAACAUUAAAAAGUGUCAGUCAGUUUCAGUUUUGAUUUUGUUAUCACACAGAGGUUUCAGAAUUUGAAAUGUGUGCACGAUGCCUGAUCAGUAUAUCAGGAAUACUUGCUACAAAGUGAAGUUCAAAACUUAGUAUUUGAUGACAACCCCUGUUAGAUUCACAUCCUGAAACAGGAAGGAAAUGGAUGACACCCUCCCAAUUUUAUUGAAAAUAUUGUCUUAUACCAUUAGUGUGAAUUAGGUUACAGAACUUUGCAGCUUUUUGGGUCCCUGCCCAUUUUUACAGCCCAAGGUCAAAUGCACACAGGAUGCAAAGGAUUUUAAACCCCCCCCCCAAAUGAAAAGUGUUUUUGUAGAAUCAAACCACUCCUUGUGCUAUGAAUCUGCAUGGCAAUAUUGCUCACAAUUUUGCUCUAACCAGAUACUCUUUACUCAGAGAGGUUGCAGGGAUCAGAACUGUUACACUGAGGGAAAGGUUUUUCUUUUGUCCAGAAGCUGCAUUGUUUCCAAAGAGUAACAAGUACAUUAUUCUGCACUUUCCCAUUGCUGUAGCUAAUCUGGGAGUGUUCAGCAGUGCAGUUAAAAAGAACUUCACUCUGCUUGUAACCUAUUCUGUCGCAGAACUGAUAAAGCCAAAGCACCGAAAUUAGAAGCUGUUGCUUCAAGAUUGAGGUUUGUGAUUGGAAUCAAAGUCCAAACACAGAAAUUAAGUGGUUCAUAAAAGCCAUUGUGACAAUGGUCAAACAUGCAAGCAGCAAUGGUAACUCAUGAUUUCUCCAAUUUUAGGCAAUCUUUGGCAAAGUUCUUCGCAUUUGAAUGAGUGUACAGCCAGACUCCAGGUGAGGUUGUAGGAGGAAACAAUGUGGCUCUAGUGUUGGAAAUAAAGCAAGAAAUCUAAAGUCAGAAGAGGAAAGAGCCAGAAAUACAGCAAGUCUAAGUCUAAAGAAAAGGGCUGAACUAUUUGGUUUGAGCCCAUUCAUUUGAGUACUUAUGCCCUGAUAUAAAUAUUACCCCAGAUUCUGGUGGAAUUUUCUGUGUAAUUGACUAUUUUCUGGUAUUGUUUUUCAAAGGCUUGUGGAUGCUGUUAAUAAAGGAGCUAAUGUAUUUGGAUUGCGUGCGGUAUUUCUCUAGUCAAUAAGUGAAUGUGUUUCAUUGGCACUGAAGGAUGAACAUUAAUAUUGAUUAUUAAAUAAUGCUAAUUUUUUUUAAAGUAGUGAGAGAAUGGAACUAUGGAGUCUGCCAAAUGAAUGUUUCUCUGACUGCCUUCCUAUAAGGAUAUGUGUGUGACUUGCAGAGUUUCACCUUUAAAGAGACAAUACCUGUGUAUUCUCUUUUUCUCUUUUUUGUGUGCUGAAUCGAUGUGGAAACCUUCUCUCCCACAUUCCUGUUAUUGCAUCAUUUCACAGGGUAACAGUAUUCAGAGAUCAGCCACCUUCCGAUGUUAUUUUCUUUUUGACAGGCUAAUUACUUAUCCCGCAUUGUGUCUCUGGCUGACUCACUUGGAUAGAACAUAGAAAAAUACAGCGCAGUACAGGCCCUUUGGCCCUCGAUGUUGCGCCGAUCCAAGCCCACCUAAA